AUGGCACGCCGCGCGUCGCCGCUGCGCGCCUGGCUGGUCGCCUCGCUGUGGGUGGUCGCUGCCCGAGGCGACGUCUACCUGCACAACCCGCGGGGCUCCAACAACAAGCUCUCGGAGCAGAACAACAACGUGGCAAACAACCAGCGCCUGUUCGACUCCCAGAACAACAACCAGGGCGGAUACCAGAUCGGUGACAACUGCCAGCCUGUUUGCCAGGACGCCAACCGCAACUACGAUGAGAGCCAGCCUGGUGCGAUGAAGGGCCAGCUGACCUUCUACGCGGGCUCCGAGCUCUACAUCGAGUGGGCCUUGCAGCACUCCUGUGGCUUCGGCAACCCAAACACGAUAUGUCAGGUGAUCCUGCAGUACAUGUGCGACAGCGAUAACCCAGGGCUGCGCGACGGCGUCAAACGAGGGAAUGAGAACACCGCCGGCGGCGAGCAGGAAAUUCCCACCGCAGAAGAGGCAGACGCCAAGAACGGGAACGGAGACUACCUUCUUGGACAGCAUGAGCCGCUGCAGUUUUACCUCGAUUGUCGUGCGCGUGAGCGGAACAAGGGCCUCUACACUGCAGACCAGAAGAUGAACGACAUCAGGGGAGCCACAGCCACGAGGCAGAAUCCGAACGGGAACGGCCCCAACCAGAGGAACGGACUCGAGUGUCCAGAGGAGCGGGACUACUACCCCUACUGGCAUCCCACACCCUGGCGCGACAUCGCCGUCAUCACCGACGAGCCGGACAGGCGGUGCGACUAUUAUCGGGCAGAGUCGCAGAACGUCAAGGCGAAGAACUAUUGCAGCGACCCGCAGCACAACAACGAAGCGGCCUGCGUCGCCAGCGGCGCGUCGUGGCAGGAGCAGCCCGCCUUCGAUGAGCCCCCGCCCCAGUGCGUCGCAGGCGUGAGGCAGCGCGACAACCACAACGGCAACUCGGAGGGAGCCCACCCGCAGUACUUCAUCUGGAAGAUCCCCGAGGGCCUGGAGGGCCGAUGCGCGCUGCGCCUGCGCUACAACAUCAGCUCUGGCGAUUUCCGCCCGGGGUCCACGGCGAGCGGCGGAGGCCCCGCCGACGAGGGGCGGAGGCUCGGCAGGUUGGGCAGCGCGGCGGCGGCGAGGAGGCUGGCGGAGGAGGCCUCGGGCUCGGUGUUCCCCUCGCAAGACAUCGGGAGCGACUACUUCUUCGUUGACUCCGCGCAGAACGACCCAGACCCGGGCAGCCGCCGCCGGUCGAUCUUCACGGGGGGUCCGCCCGUCCUGCCCCAGGACCCGAUCUCCGACUUCGUCAACCUCGGUCCUGACUACCUGCUCCAGAUGAACCUGAACACGGAUCAGUACAGUCGCACCUUCCAAGACCGGACCCACAGCUUCUACGUGAACGCUCGUCCUUCCGAGGUCCCCGACGGUGCCAGAAUUGUCAACUACAACGUGCGCGGGCGCCGCGGGAAUAUCGUGCAGGUAUACCCGGCGGUCGAGUACGACUUCGUGCCCAACGAUUUGACGGUGGAGGAAGGGGACUUCUUGCAUUUCCAGUGGACGGGUUCGGAUGCCAACAACAAGGGCAACGAUGGUAACGGCCGCCAGGGCACCGACCGCUCGAACUUGGUUCAAAUGGAUACGCGCGAGCAGAAUAUUCCGAUGUCGAAAGAAGGCCACACGUUGUUCUACGAUGCGGCUGGAGAUCCUGACAACGAGGAGGGCCUGGCCAACCUCCGCAAAAUGGCCUACCUCAACCAGAACUACAUCGUCACGUGUGACCAGAACCCGAACGCCAACGAGGAUAACAGCGUGACCGAUUGCCAGCAAUUGAACGGCGCUUCGGCAUACUUUGAUGGGGGUGUGAUCGAGAUGAAGCAAGUCGGCGAGCACAAGGUCAUGAGCACAAGAAACAACGACUUCUCCAACCGAUCUCAGAAAGCCACGAUCCGCGUCGUGUCCAAAAAGUGGAAGUGGUGGGAAAUCCUGCUCGUGGCUGUCGGCUCGUUCCUGGGGGCUGCUCUGGUUAGCUACCUCGGCGCCGCCGUUUACGCAUACUGCAACCCGCGGUCCUGGCUAUUUUCCCCGAAGUACAGGCCGCGAGUGCUGAGGUGGUUUAUCAGGCCGCAGACGCUGGAGGAGCUGGAGGCCAAGCGUAAGGCGUGCAAGUCGGGGGACAACCUGGUGGCCUCUGGCCAGGUGAGUGUCUCGGCGGUGGCCGCAUCGUCUGCCUCCGGGCCCAGGUCGUCUCACGAUCACAACUUCCCCUCUCCGGGCGGCAGCCUCACGAAGGCCUGGGGCAACACUUGGGCUGACCGGAUCCUUGUCUGCUUGGGCUUCGCAGAAGGACAGAGGUCUGCAGUCGCGCUCUACGUCAUGCUGAACAUCGUGAUCUUCCUCUGGGGCUUCUUUACAGAGGGCAGCCGGCUCAAAACCUGGGGGGUGAGCAGGAGCAGCGCCUGGGCGACGGCGGCUGGUGCUGGAUACGCGCUGAGCUUCAACCUGGCCGUGGGCAUCCUGCCCUCGCUGAAAAACCUACAUGCUGCACUCCGUGGUGGAGGUACCAUGUUGCGAGACUGGAUCCCGAUCGACGAUCCGUUCAUGAUGCAGACGAAGGUUGGCAUGCUCAUCGGCAUCUGGACGUGCGUGCACGUGGGAGGCCAUUUCAGGCAGAUUGGCGAGGUGGCACAGGGCGUUCCCCUCCAAGAGGAUCCGCUGGGCGUGUGGCGGCUGACCCUCCAGCAGAUUCAGUCUGGCACGCCCGUGGCCGACCAGUUACUGACGUGGACGAACUUCACAGGCCUGCUUGGUCUGCUGCUCCUCGUCGUGCUUUUCACGGCAACGGCGCCCCGAUUCGAGUACGCGCAGAGGGUCUGGCCGUGCCUCCGGCUGUGUGGUGGAUUCAACUUGUACCAGCGGACGCACAUGCUGUGGCCGCUGUUCUACCUGAUAAUGGUCGUGCACGGCACGCCCCGCCUCUACGCGUGGCUCUUCUUUCCUGUGACCUGUUACGUCCUCGACAAGCUGCUCCUCCUGCAGCGACAGCUCUACCCAGCGGUGCUCUUCAGUGCGCGGCUGGUCGGUCAGGACGUGCUGCAUCUGGCCCUGGAGGUACCAGAGGGAUUCUCUUACCACGCUGGCCAGUACAUUCUCCUGUGCUGGCGCGGGGAGUGGCACCCGUUCACGCUGACCUCCGCGCCCGAGGAGCGGCUCUUGUCGGUGCACCUCCGCGCGCCGCCAGAGUACGACUGGUGCGCCGCGCUUCGCCAGCGCGUGCUCGUGGAGGCGCCUAAGGCAGCGCACACAAGCAAGAUCAGCGGGGAGCCCGCGCCGGGCACCGCCGUAGAGUACGAGCCGCUUGUCCUAUCCAGCGGUACGGUCAGCGUGCCGCGGAGCGAGAGCAGGCCGAAGGACGACCCCAAGAGGGCUCACGCGCGCCAGGUUGACGACCCCACCGUCUUGCAGAUGGCGAGGCCCGAGGACGCCGGGGAUACCGUAGCCAUCAAGAUGGCUGGGCCGUUCGGCCCCAUCUCGUCCAGGAUCUUUGAGUUCAACGUCGUCAUGCUGGUCGGCGUAGGCUUCGACACCACGCCAGCCGUUUCGAUCCUACGGUCGGCACAGAUGCGUACGCAGCGGCGGGCGCAGAUGCUGUCCGCCACGGGCAGCAAGGGUAGGGCCGAUUUGUUCGGCGCCGACGACGGCAAGUCCAGCGCUGCCCUCAGCAACGACGCCAGGCUGAGGCAGAUGCGGGAGACGGCGGCCGCUCAGCAGGGUGCCAGCUCAAGGCUGACGUCCGUGGUGGGCGCCUCCAGGGCCUCGGGUGCCAGACCUUCGAGUAGCAGCGGUGGUGGCAGCGGUGGUGGCAGUGCUUGGAGCAGCGACCUCGCUGCCGCAGACCUCGUGCGGCACGCGGUCCAGGUGCCGGGCCGGAUCCACCUGUACUGGCUGGUCCGCAGCACGGCCGAACUGCAGUGGUGCCACAGCAUGCUCGUGGGGGCCGCGGAGGGCCCAGCCAAGGCCAUCCUGGACGUGACCAUCUUCAUCGCACCAGAGGUGGACACCACACAGCUUGAGCCGCUGCCUUGUCGGGGCGAGCAACGCCUGCACGUGGGCCGGCCGAGGUGGGGCGCCGUCUUCGAGGCCGUCAAGGCGGAGCACCCGGGCAGCAACAUCGGCGUGUUACUCUGCGGCUCUAGCGACGUGGGCGCGAAGCUCCUGAAGCAGGCCCGAAAGAGGAGCGACCCGCCGGACGCUGGCUCCUUGGGAACCUCCUUCUGCUACUUCAGGGAGCACUUCUGA